AUGGAGGACUACACAGGCACAGCCACAAAGUUUCCAACAACUUCAGCACCACCACCACCACCACCACCGAAUGGCGAACCAGUCACUGUCUUUCCGGUGAACUCCCCGAACCACAACCAUAUUAACUACUUCCAAGCCCCUCCUCAGAAUCAACCCAGUACUCCAGCCGAGUGGUCGACCGGCUUAUAUGACAGCUACUCCAAUUGCUCGAACUGCGAGUUGAAAGUUUCAGACGAUCUUUACUAUGGUCGUUGCUUAUCAUGUUGCUGUCCAUGUAUUACUUUCGGACAAAUCGCAGAGAUUGUUGACAAAGGAUCACCUCCUUGUGUUGUGAGUGGGGCUUUAUACGCACUAUUGCAAACUCUCACCUGCUGUGGUGCAUGCUUGUACUCUGCCAUCUACCGUUCCAAGAUGAGGAAGCAGUACAUGUUGCCUGAAAGCCCUUGUGGAGAUUGUCUUGUUCAUUGCUGUUGCGAGCCCUGUGCUUUGGAUCAAGAGUACCGUGAGCUCCAAAACCGUGGCUUUGACAUGUCCCUUGGAUGGAAAGGAAACAUGGAGAAACAAAAUCGUGGAGUGGAAAUGGCACCGGCUGUUCAAGGAGGAAUGACGCGAUAA